AUGGAUAGUUUUUCUAAGCGUCGUCCACCCAAAUUCUCGGAGCCCAUUGAUUUCAAUCUCAAGGCUUCUGAAUUUUCUCAUUCCAAUCUACUGGUAGAUCGGUUUAAUGGACUCUUUUCAAGUGGAUGGUCAACCAAUGAUCAACAUGGAUUGUUCAAUUUUAGUGGUAAUCUAAAUUCUACCUCUAAUCUUACACCCGCUGGUACCACUGGUGUUGAUGGUAAUGGUGGUGGCCUCUAUUCUAGUAAUUUAACUCAUGCAAUCAAUGGUAUUAAUUCAAACCCAUUUAAUACCAAAGGAUUAAACAGUUAUGAUUAUAACAAUCAAUGGAUCGCUCCACCGAGAAGUUGCCCUCCUAUUGGAACCAGGGAUUUAUUUUCUUCUUUCUCGGUCACUCCCCGUAAUCAUAUAAAUUCAAAUCACUUAUCAAACACCAAUAACAAUCAAAUUAACUCGCAUAAUUAUAAUUCCAUCAAUCCUGCAACUAAUUCCAACAGAGAUAAUACCAAUAAUUAUCAUAACAAUCUUACCACUGGACAUCAACAACACUCGACUAAUCCAAACACCAUCAAUAAUAAUACCAAUAAUUCCUUUGGUAUUGGUAAUAAUAACAAUCAUCAUUCUAUGGUCAAUAGUAGUUAUAAUAACUCUGAUAAUUCAUUGGCUGCUAACAGUACUUUAAAUGGUCUUCAAGCUUCUUAUGUUCCACCAAGGGUUCGUCGACGUAAUCCAACUUGCACCGAAUGUGUUUUCUGUAAAAACAAUGGUCAUCCACCGGCAUUUUACAAGAGUCACAUUCUCAAAUGUCCAGAGGGUAACAUUAUCUGUCCUGUUCUUCGCUGUUACAAUUGUCCCAUUUGUCAGAAUGGCGGUGGAGCAAAAGCUCAUACACUUCGAUAUUGCCCAUGGAAUAAACCAUCAUUCUGGCAACGCAAUAAUCGACCUUAAAUCCCGAUUCAAUUUUCCUUUUUCCUCUCUCUCUCUCUCUCUCUCUCUCUUUCCUGCUAACCGAAUAUUUAACAGACUUGCCUACCAAAUGUAAGCUAUUUGAAUGGGUUAGCACCAAGGAGAGAGACCGACCCUAUGAAAAUUUGUAAUAAAUGCUCUCAUGUUGUAAAGAGCUCAGUCUCUCUCUCUCUCUCUUCCCUUUCUCUUGAAUUCUAACCUCUGUCUUUCUUGUUCUCUACCGUCUCUCUCUCUCUCUCUCUCUACGAUUGUAAUACCAGAUACACAUAUUUGUAAUCUGCGCACUUGCGGAUAUUCUUCUCCUCCUACCAAAGAAUAAGCUUUUCCUUGCAAACAAUCUCGAAGAAGAGUCGCCACCUCUGUUUUCUCAUCUCUUGAAUCUCUCUUUUCACUUGUAAUCGAACAAAAGAAAGAGAAACAGAGGUGGCGACUCGCGUGCCAAUUGUAUGUAUCACACAUUCUCCCUUCGAGUUGCUCUCUUUUCAUCCUUUUCUUUUGUUUCUGUGGAAUAUUUAUUUUUUGGGUUUAUUAUUAAUAAAUUUAAUUAACUUAUUGUCUAAA